GGAGUCGAGACAUACGUGGACACGUAUGGCAUAUAUAAAGACGCCAACACCGACUCAUCAUCAGAUACAUCUUCACCUUCAAAUUUCUUUUUCUUUUCAGCUAACGUUCAUCCCCCGCCAACCUACCAGUCUCUCUCGCUCUGUCAACAUUGGGCGAUCCAUGGCGGUGUUUCACUUCAGUCUUGUUGUUUCCUUGCUUCUAUCGCUGUGCCUGCUUGUACCUUUCACUCAAGCCUCUGAUGUUCGCUACUGCGAUAAGAAAGCUGACUAUGCUGUUAAAGUCAGUGGAAUUGAGAUAUCUCCUGAUCCUGUGGCUAGAGGCAGGCCGGCCACCUUCAGUAUUUCAGCAACUGCAGGUGAAGCAAUCUCUGGAGGAAAAUUGGUGAUUGAUGUUGCAUAUUUUGGAUUCCACAUCUACAGUGAGAUUGAUGAACUCUGCGGGAAGACAUCUUGCCCCAUUUCUGCUGGUGAUUUUUUAAUUUCUCACUCUCAGGAUUUACCUGGGUUCACUCCACCGGGUACAUACACUCUUACAAUGAAGAUGGAAGAUGGAAACAAAAAUCAGUUGACUUGCAUCAACUUUGAUUUCAGCAUUGGGUUUUUUGUGUCUGACGCUGUAGCUGCGCUUUGAAGAUUGGUUUCAUCAGCCACCGCUUGUAGCGUAUAAUCAAUGUAUAUGAUGAAACUCUUUUAUCUACUGUUUCAGACCUUACAUCUAUUUCUGCCUUUCCAGUGUCAUGUGAUGUUUGAUUAUGACUAUUAAAAAUCAAUCAUAUCUGUACAUUUGAUCCAUGUGCCUAAAAUUAUUUCGACAUUUGUGAUAAUUGUUUUAGUA